AGCAUAACUAGGUAGUUGAUUCCAAACUGGGCCUAAGAAAGCCCAAUUAUGUUAUGCAGACCCUGCUUUCUGAAGCGAUGAUGGUGUUGUGUGCAACGAAACCUGAAAGCGAAGCAUGGGAGAGGGAGAACCCACCAAUGGUUAUUGCAGCAGCAGUGGCGAAGAAGACGGUGACGCAUCUUGGAGAGCAGCAAUCGAUUCCAUUGCUCAAACCACCACCUACGUCUCUUCCUCCAUUACCAAACGCACUCACCCAAAUGAUCAUCACGAUCAUGACAACAACCUCAAAACGCAACGGAUUAAGCACUACCAACUCAAGGCACAAAAGCUUCUGAAUGAAAUAUUGGAAAAUACGAUAGAGAUUGUGAGGAAGCCUGUCCCUGUCGUGGAUGAGGAUCCCAAGAUCGAGGAAUGCGGCAUUCGCUUGUUUAAAAAUGCUCAGCCAGGAAUAGUGUUUGAUCACGUAGAUGAACCUCAACCACCAAGGAAACGGCCUAGAAUACUUCCAGGAGGAGAUAUUGAGGAGAAAUCAAAGAAGUUUAGAAAACGGAUUCGAUCUGUUGCUGUUGAUGGGAUAGACGUAAUAGCUGCAGCAAACAAUGCAUACAAGAAGUCAUUAGCUAGACUAGAAGCUAAAGAUGCAGCAGCAAAAGCUAAAGCCAAGAGAGAAGAGGAAAGAGUUGCAAAUUUGAAAAAGAUUAGGGGAGAGAGGUGGCUGCCUUCCAUGGCCAAGGAGAUGCAGGUUAAAAAUCGAUGCUGACUUAUGUCUUUCCAUGCUCUUAACUUUGAUGCUAGUUUUAUGUAUAACUCGAUGGUUGAUUAGCUUUGUUGAUUUGUUAGGGGAGCUUAUUGUACCCGAAAUAAUGUAGUUCUAGAAUUGUAAUGUAGUUAUGAAAAGCUUUUUCUUUUCUUUUUUCCUCUCACUAUUCUGCUACAACAAUCUUCACAUAUUGAAAUUUCCGAAAAUGUUAAUAAGUUGCUAUG